AUGCCUAAAGUUAGUGUUUCCGGCACAAAGUACCGUAUGACCCUCGGUCUCCCCGUUGGUGCUGUUAUGAAUUGCGCUGAUAACUCUGGUGCCAAGAACUUGUAUGUCAUUGCUGUCCGUAACAUCAAGGGUCGUUUGAACAGACUUCCCGCUGCUGGUUGUGGUGACAUGGUUGUUGCUACCGUCAAGAAGGGUAAGCCUGAAUUAAGAAAGAAGGUUAUGGCCGCUGUUGUCAUCCGUCAACGCAAGGCCUGGCGCCGUAGAGACGGUGUUUUCCUCUACUUUGAGGAUAACGCUGGUGUCAUUGUCAACCCCAAGGGUGAAAUGAAGGGUUCUGCCAUCACUGGUCCCGUUGCCAAGGAGUGUGCCGAUUUGUGGCCUCGUAUUGCUUCUGCCUCCGGUACCGUUGUCUAA